AUGGCCUAUGUUAAUCGGAUGGGUAGUAUUCAACAUCCUAACCUUAAUGCUCUUGCCAGAGAAAUUUGGCAGUGGUGCGAGCAGAAAAACAUUUAUAUUCGUGCUGCGUACAUUCCAUCAGUGGAUAAUGUGGAAGCGGAUAUAGCCUCUCGACAACUUAAAAUAGAAACGGAGUGGAGCUUGUCUAAUUAUGCUUUUCAUAAAAUUGUAGAAACUUUUGGUGUUCCAACCAUUGACCUUUUUGCUAGUCGAUUGAAUAAAAAAUGCAAAAGAUUUGUAUCUUGGUUGAGGGAUCCAGAGGCAUGCUCCGUUGAUGCCUUCACCAUAUGUUGGCAAGGCCUGGAAUUUUAUGCUUUUCCGCCUUUUUCUUUAGUACUUAAAGUUUUGCAAAAAAUUGUGAGGAACUCCUCACCCGCUAUCCAAAGACCUUUCCCUGGUGGUCGGGAGGUUGUCCUGGAAGCGCUCAGGUUGAAAAAAGUACCAGCUCAGUCUUUGGAUAUAUGUGUCGCCUCCGUUACAACUGCAACCAUUAAUCAGUAUGCGUCUGGUUUAAAGGCUUGGUGGGAGUUCUGUCAGGCAAAGAAACUGGAUCCUUAUACUGUGGAGGUCGCGAACGUCUUAAUAUUUUUAGCCGAGCUUUUUAAUAAGGGGGCCUCUUAUAGCCUUUUAAACACCUAUAGAUCGGCUAUCGCACAAAUUUCUGGCCCAGAAUUGGCCCAGGAUUUUCGCUUAAAACGAUUUUGUAAGGGUGUUUUUGGUCUUAGACCUACGCGUCCCAAGUAUGAGUUCUCUUGGGAUCCUGCACAGGUUUUGGAUUUUGUCCGUGGCUUAGAGACCAGCUCAAUAUCAUUGGAGUUACCUUCGCUAAAAUGUUGCAUAUUAUUGGCGUUAGCUACGGGACAGCGCAUUCAGACUUUACAUAAUAUUGAGAUUUUGAAUAUUCAGGUUUUGGACAAACAAAUUUGUAUUAAGGUCCCUAGUCGCUUAAAGACUUCCGGUUAUAAUAAGUCCCAGCCUUUUUUAAUUAUUCCAUUUUUUGACAAUGAUACAAAUAUUUGUGUAGCUAGAACGCUAGUUGCUUACUUGGAAAGAACCCGAGAAUUAAGAGGUUAUUGCCAGUACUUAUUCAUAACUUUUAAGAAACCUCACCAUAGGGCCACAAGACAGACCAUUGGGCGUUGGUUAAAAAAUAUCUUAAGAUCUAGUGGAAUAGAUACUAACACCUUUUCUGCUCAUAGUACCCGGCAUGCGGCUACCUCAGCAGCGGCUAGAAAGGGAAUUAGUUUCGAUACCAUAAGACUAGCUGCUGGUUGGUCGGAACGCUCAAGAACGUUCGCUACGUUUUAUAAUAGACCGUUAGCGCCUGAGAGCUCAUUUGCUAGAGCUGUCUUUUCAUCGGAUUAA